AUGGCAUCAGUGGCUAUUGGUGUCGCAGCCUCCGAUUUGUUGGCUGACCAUCAAUCUCGGUUGCGCCAUCAUGGUAUGGCCCGUCGAUACUCAAACAAGCACUCGAGCGGGAACAACAACCAAAACCAGCCAUCGGAUGAUUACUUGGUUGUCAAAACAAAUGAAGGUCGUGUCCGUGGGCACUUUAACCAUACAUCUGGUGCUUACUCCUGGUUGGGUGUCCCAUUCGGCGCCGAUACGGGUGGCUCCAACCGUUUCCGCCCUCCCAAGCCUGUGGCCAACUGGGAUGAUGUCAAAGAUGCUACUAAGUACGGUCCAAGCUGCCCUCAACAUGGUAGCGGUGGAUCCGUGAAGGCCGUGGGUCUUUUUGGUCUGUCACCUUCGAUCUUUGACCGCAGUACCCAAAGUGAAGACUGCCUGAAUGCAAAUAUUUUCGUGGGCAAGAAGCACUGGGAGAACUAUGUCAAGUCUGGUGGACAGGGUAAGAAGGCUCCUGUCUGGCUGAACAUCUAUGGUGGAUCGUAUGAAUGGGGUGCGAACAAAUUGGAAAUGUACGAAGGUGAUCGUAUUGUGACGCAAGAUGACGUGGUAGUGAUUAGCGUCAACUUCCGCAACUGGAUUUUUGGCUACCCGCAGUCGCCGCAACUGGAUGUGAGCCGCCAUUAUGAUGACGACGACUACCCCGGUGCCAACCCCGGUAUGAAUGAUGUGGACUUUGCGAUUGAGUGGGUGUACAAGAACAUUGAGCACUUUGGUGGUGACCCCGAUAAGAUUACUAUGGGUGGUACCAGCACUGGCGCUUGUACAGUCGAUAACUGGGCCUACGCGCACUACCAGAAGCCGACUUCUAAGUAUAUCAAGGGGUUGAUUUUGCAGAGUGGCAGUAUGACAUCGCUGGGUCGUUACUUUGUGGCACCUGAUGGUGCUGAUUUCACCAAAAAGACGGGUGACUGGAAUCGUGUGGCUAAAGAAGUGGGUUGCGGUACCGCCAGCGAUGAUGCCCAGUUCCGUUGCAUGCAGCACAAGCCUUGGGAGGACAUUAUGGAUGCUACAUUCUCGACGGAUGCCAAGUUCUUGCUUGCUGUGGACAAUAAAACAGUGUUCAGUGACUACUACCAGCGCCUGGAGGAGAAGCGCUAUGUGGAUAUCCCUAUGCUGAUUGGCAACAAUAAAGAUGAGGGUAAUGCCUUCUUGAUCCACGACGCUUACCUCACGGAUGUGGCUGGACCAGUAGUGACCUCGGAAGUUUGGGUGUGUCCUGCAGGCGUCCAGGCAAAAGAACGUCAGGGCGUGGCACCUACUUGGCGAUACCGCUUCAGUCCCUCUUUCUAUCUGCCUGGCAUGCCAUGGGAGUACCGUGAGCUGUUGACAUUCCAUGGCAGCGACACGCCGUACGCGUGGGGCACUUGGCCGCAGCUCCGUUACAUUGGUAAUCAGACGACUGGCGACCCUGGUCCUGUCUUUUUGUGGCCAUGGCCCACGGAUGACUUCGAAACUCGUAAGGCCGUCGCCGAGGUGUACCGUGGUGUGAAUGUUGAGUUUGUGAAAGACCCUGAGAAUGGUUUGUACAGUUUCCACGGUGGCUGGCCAACCUACACGCCAGACAAGCCCUCCAUUGGUGACAUUGGCUAUGGCAAUAGCCCCAAGUUCCGCCUGAUCUCCUCGUCCGAUGUCGAUGGUCUUUGCCCGUUGACCAAUGCGGAGGUGUCCAAGAACAACAUGAAGUGGAAGCCUACCGUCCAGCGUAUCCGUGGCUUCAUUGUGUAA